UUUUAUCUUUAUCAGUGUCAUCAAAGCCCGUGCAAUGGCAGCCGCUGUGUAUGAAGCUUGAAGAGAUGUGCCUGGAUUUCCCAGUUAGAGCCGCAGAUCCAUUACCAGUUCCAGUCCCACAUCAGCCUUCAGUGACGUCAACCAAAACAAACCAAUAGCUGGUGAUGGAACAAAUCUAAAGAUCUGACGUCGGCGGCAAGUCUAAUAAAGACAGAUACGGGCGCAGAUUAACUAAAUAUGUAGCUACAAUCAAGCUGAUGGGAGCUGCUCUGAGCCUGUGUUGUGUUUUCUGCAGCUGCCUCCAACACGAAUUCAUGAUUGCUAUAUUCUGCAAUGGCAGCGUCCGACCAAAACAGCGGCUCAUCCGUCUCUGCCCUCAGCAGCGAGCCUGAUAUAAUCGAAAGUUAUGAAGAAGAAGUACCAACCGCCAGCCAUGCCCUUGCCGAAGAAAGCAUCCAGGCUGAUGCCGAGCACAAGGGCGCCAGCCAAACCGAGCACGAUGAGAUCGAGGUGAGGAAUAUCGGAUGGAACAAGGAGCUGCACCAUGUUCCGCAGCCGGUGGUUGGCGGGCUGAGAAACGAAGAGCUGUGGGUUUUGAUACGACGCUUCAACAAGCAGAUUUUCGAUGUCAGGAGCAUCGAGACGGCGCCGCUGGCCGAUCUGGACAUGAACAUUGCGGAGGACGAGGUGUUUUCUCCGGAGAAGCUGCGCGCGCAACUGGAACGUCUCUACAUGACCGUCAUCGUGUCUGUGAUUUGUCUGUGGAAGCACAUUGUGCGCCUUCGGUCGUGGCGAGAAACAAAGAGAACGGCAGUCUUCCUGGCCGUGUAUAGCAUUGCGUGGCUGUUUGACCUGCUUAUUCCCGUCGGAGUCGUUUUCCUCAUGGCCUUGAUUGCCUAUCCACCGGCGCGAACCAUCUGCUUUCCUCCUGUGCCGCCAUCAAUUGUCGACUCCAAAACAGGAGGCGUGCAGAAGCCGCCGUCAGGAGUCCUCGCAUCGGACAACUCCAUCACCGGCGCUCCUGAAAAGCACCAAGGCGAAGGCGUCGAACAGGAGGCGCAUAGCUUUGUCAACAGCAUCGCAUCGGUAGUCAUCAGCACGAGUGCAGGAAAGCACCCGCAAGGCGACCCCCACGACGACAAUACGGCUCCAGACCCCACAAACAUCGCAGCAGACAUAUCAAAUGCCAAGGACGCUGCAGAUGGGAAAGAGACCAAUACGGAACAGGACAGGACAAAGACGCCUGUUUCCAACAUUGUCUGGACCAGAACGGGGCCCAUCAUGCACAUGAUUUCGGAAGUUGUUGAUACCUGGGAGCGGUUUGGCAAUGCCCUCAGUCCAACGCCUCCAUUCCCGGUUGAGCAGCCGAGAAUGGCCUUGGCGGCGUGUCUUUUGCCUCCGUUGCUGCUGUCCUUCUUUGUAUCCUCGUAUAUGUUGCUCAAAGGCAUCGCAUUUGGUGUUGGGUUUCUCUUCUUUGGCGACCCCGUCAUUACACCAGCGCUACAGUAUGUCAAUCGCAGAUAUCCACGAUGGCAGAAAUUCAUCGAGCUGCGAAAUACGGUUCUACGAGGCAUACCAACCAACGCGCAGCUUGCCGUUACCCUGCUACGUAUCGGGGAGAGGAACAAGGUGCCAAUCCCUCCGCCACCGUCUUCUGAUGCGCCACCUCCAGUCAAGAUUGAUCCAGAAGCUGCGGAACAGGUCGAUUAUCUAGGUGUCACUGAUGAAGAAGCGAGAGAAGCGCUACAUCCCGACUUGGAUCACGCGAAAGACGUCAAAGACGACAGUCAACAGCGAAAGCCCAAACGUUCGCAUCGUAUUGUCAACUUUCUGAAAGGCACCGCAAAGGGAGGCGUUGAAACGGCCCUCACCGCCGACAAAGCCAAAGCCGCUGUUGGCGCUGCUCACGCACGAAAUCGAUUGGGCGUCGUGAACAAACGACCAGUUGACGACCUUCCAUCCGGCCCAGUCUGUUUCCCCGCUCGAUGUGGCGGCAAAAAGGGCCAUGCAUAUAUCACAGCAACCGCUACGAGCCCUGCGCUAAGUUGGACUUCCAAGAUUGAGGACGUCAACCCGGCGUGGACAGUUGCCAUUGAAGAUAUCAGCCAGCUGAAGAAGGUUGGAGGCUUGGGAUGGAAGAGCAAGAUUGUUGUCGGGUGGGCGACACAGAGAGAAGUUGUGGAUGGACUGGUUGUGAGAACAAAGGACGGAAAGGAAUAUCACUUGACAGCGGUCAUGGUUCGCGACGAGCUGUUCAACCGGCUGAUUGCUAUGGGCCAUCAGAUGUGGGAGGCGUGUUGAUGCUGCUUUGGAUAGAGUUGAUGUUGUGACAGCUAGAUGGGGGGCAAAAAGAUGGACGAUUUAUUAAACAUUAGCUUUCAUUAUAUAUUUGCUAUAUAUUCCUCGGUAUUCACCUCAAGUAUGUAAACUAGAUAGUAGCGUUGGGUAAAUACUACAUGAAGUUUUCUGUAUAUGAG